CUGGAAUCAUUGAAACGCUGGAAUGAAGAGAGGGGUUUGUGGUGCGAAAAGGGCGUUCAGGUACUACUGACCACCAUAGGCGCCUUUGCAGCUUUUGGCCUCAUGACCAUCGCCAUCAGCACUGACUACUGGCUCUACACAAGAGCUCUCAUCUGCAACACCACCAACCUCACAGCAGGUGAUGAUGGACCACCCCAUCGUGGGGGCAGUGGCUCCUCAGAGAAGAAGGACCCUGGGGGCCUCACACAUUCAGGCCUCUGGCGGAUAUGCUGCCUGGAAGGGUUGAAAAGAGGUGUCUGCGUGAAGAUCAACCACUUCCCGGAGGACACGGACUACGACCACGACAGCGCGGAGUACCUGCUCCGAGUAGUCCGGGCCUCCAGCAUCUUUCCUAUCCUGAGCGCCAUCCUGCUGCUGCUCGGGGGCGUGUGCGUAGCUGCCUCUCGCGUCUACAAAUCCAAAAGGAACAUCAUCCUGGGCGCAGGGAUCCUGUUCGUGGCAGCAGGCCUGAGCAACAUCAUCGGGGUGAUCGUGUACAUAUCGGCAAACGCGGGCGAGCCAGGCCCCAAGAGGGACGAGGAGAAGAAAAACCACUAUUCGUAUGGCUGGUCCUUCUACUUCGGCGGGCUGUCAUUCAUCCUGGCCGAGGUGAUCGGCGUGCUAGCCGUCAACAUCUACAUCGAGCGCAGCCGCGAGGCACACUGCCAAUCACGCUCGGACCUACUCAAGGCCGGCGGCGGCGCGGGCGGCAGUGGCGGGAGCGGCCCCUCGGCCAUCCUCCGUCUGCCCAGUUACCGCUUCCGCUACCGCCGCCGCUCCCGCUCCAGCUCCCGAGGCUCCAGCGAGGCCUCGCCAUCGCGGGAUGCGUCUCCCGGCGGCCCCGGGGGCCCGGGCUUCGCCUCCACGGACAUCUCCAUGUACACGCUCAGUCGCGACCCGUCCAAGGGCAGCGUGGCUGCGGGGCUGGCGAGCGCCGGGGGUGGAGGCGGCGGUGCCGGCGUGGGUGCCUACGGCGGGGCGGCCGGGGCAGCGGGGGGCGGCGGGACGGGCUCGGAGCGGGACCGAGGGAGCUCAGCGGGCUUCCUCACGCUGCACAACGCCUUCCCCAAGGAGGCGGCGUCCGGCGUCACGGUCACGGUCACCGGACCGCCCGCUGCGCCGGCGCCCGCGCCGCCCGCUCCUGCAGCGCCCGCGCCCGGGACGCUGUCCAAAGAGGCCGCCGCGUCCAACACCAACACGCUCAACAGGAAAACCACGCCCGUGUAG